AUAAGCUUAUGCAAUUGCUAAAUGCAAGUAGAUACACUAUAAUGGUUUUCGCAGACAAGGUCGUGUUUAUCAGUGGAGCAAGUUCAGGAAUAGGAGCAGCUACUGCUAUUGAAUUUGCUAAAGAAGGUGCAAACGUUGUUAUUAAUGGACGAAAUGAAACCAAAUUGAAAAAUAUUUUCCAACAAUGUGCAGAACACGGUAAAGAACCAUUAAUUGUUAAAGCUGACAUAUCAAAAGAUGAGGAAGCGAAGAGAGCAAUCGAAAAAACAAUUGAACAGUUUGGACGACUUGACGUUCUGGUAAAUAAUGCAGGAUUCUCAAAAUCUGGAACUAUACUCGAUGGAAAUUUAAUGUCAAGUUACGAUGCUGUAAUUGCUACUAAUUUGAGAGCCGCAAUGCAUUUAACUGAAUUAGCAACACCACAUUUAAUUAAAACAAAGGGAAAUAUAAUAAAUGUGUCAAGUAUAUGUGGUUCUUCAGUUCCAGUGACACCAAUAUUGAUUUCUUAUUGUGUGUCCAAAGCGGCUCUUGAUCAUUUUACCCGAUGCGCAGCUUUGGAACUAUCGGAAUUCGGAGUACGAGUAAAUGUCGUCAGUCCUGGCCCUGUACUAACAGAUUUUCAAGAAAACUCUGAUAUGGUUCGUGACACGGAUCAAAAAGUUUUUACAGCAUUGAAAAGAGUUUCGGAGUCGAAAGAGAUAGCUGAUUUGAUUUUAUUUUUAGCUAGCGAUAAAGCAAAAGGUAUUACGGGGUCCAACUAUGUAUGUGACAAUGGUUUUCUUUUAAAAUAA